AUGCGCGGGACUUUCGCUCUUUCUCUGUUGACUCUAGCGCUGGGCGCUCAGGCGGUGAUUUCCAAGUCGAAGUUGGUGACUUAUGUCGAUGUGCUGGCACUCGAUAAUGCUUUCAGCCCCGUGGAGGCGGCCUACUGGACUGGCUAUCCUCACCAUCGCCGAACCCCCUUUUCCGUCUCGCCGGAUGGAAAGUCGGCCUAUCUAGCCUAUCUGGAUUCCAGUGGGACGGAUGUUCAUGUUCAACCGGUGAAUCCUAAGACUUUCAAGGCGACUGGUACAAGUGUUACCGUCACCGGUGGAAAGGAAGCUGGCGGCCUUGUCGCUCAGAACGAUGGUUUCGCCAUCCUCGUUAACGAGGCUAUGCCAUCCGGUACUGCCAACGCUCCUGCAGACAACACCCCCGUCCCAGCUCUAUACCGCUACACCAAUGGCAAGCAAACCUGGAAGACCUGGCUCGGUGGACCAGGUGUACACGACUCUGAAGGUCGCGCCGCCUCCCCCGACAUGAACGGCGAUCUUGUCUACUCCGCAAAGGCCGGUCUCUACGGCGCAUAUUUCGUCGUGACCGACUACUCCGGUGACGCCUCGGGCCACUUCGGCGACAGCAUCGAAUACGUGACCGAAGACGGAACACUCAAGACCAUCGACGGUGCUACCAGCUCUUGGGGAUGCAGCCACAACACCGGCAUUGCAUUUGAAGCCGCCGACGCUGCUCCCUUCGCGAGUAUCUGUGCCGAGGACCAGGGUGCUAUCUGGCUCAACACCAAGACGCAGGGUAUGACGAAUGACGGAGUCAAGAUCUCGAAUGAGAAUACUACCAACGGUGGUGGAGGCGAGGCUAUGGGUGGUAUGUCUGGUAGCUACAGUGCGCUGGCUCGCUUCGCUGAGACGAGUCGGUAUGUCUUUGCUUGGGUUUCGCGUGGUGCGGUGGAUGUGACUGCGAACGAGUGGAUGGGUGAUGGCUACACGAAUGUUCAGAACCGUACUAAUGGGCGCAAUGUUGCGUGGUCUCUGUUCUCGGAUAAGUACACCAAGGUUGGCGCUCAGGCGACUUCCAAGGUUGGUACCGAGGACGGUGAUAGCCAGGUUAAUUGGAUUACUUCUGGUGACAAUGACUGCUCCAAUGCCCACGCUGCUACUUUCGGCCCCGUCAAUGGUCUCAUUACCUGGGAGGAGAUCUCAAACCCUACCUGUGACUUUAUUGCUAUGGGGUGCCGAGGUGAUUUUGCUGGUACUCACUUCCAGCAGGUGAACAAGAAUGGUGAGAAGGUUGGUGUCUCGUUCAAGAGUGAUAAUGUCUAUGUUGCUGGUGACAUGGUUACUUAUGAUGCUGGACUUUCGACUACCAAGAUCUGCUGGCCGUAUGUUAGCAUGGAUUGGGAUCUUUCUGAGGCGGUUGCCUACGGUGGUUCUACCACUACCACUAAGAAGAUUAGCUUUGCCUGUCUGAGUCGUUAA